AUGCCUGAACCUAACACCAAGACCCCAUUGUUGGCUGGUAAAAAACCACCUGUUAGUAGACCCAAGGCUCACCGCAGAAGAUCCAGUUAUGAAGCAUCUACCUAUAAUAGUGCAGGCAGAUCUUUGAGUUACUCCAAGAAGGCGCAGGAAGAGGACACCAAUACGCCCGGAUUAAGCUUGUGGAAGAUAUUGACAUUGACUGUAUGUAUGGCAGGUGUGCAGUUUACAUGGACCGUCGAGCUAUCAUAUGGAACCCCUUAUCUCUUGUCGCUAGACCUAUCAAAAGAACUGACAGCUUUGGUUUGGUUAGCAGGCCCAUUAUCCGGUCUGUUGGUCCAGCCUUUGAUCGGUGCAUUUAGUGAUAAAUGUACCUCGAGUUUGGGAAAGAGAAGACCUUUCAUCAUCGUUGCUGGUCUGUUGACAUGUCUCUCCAUGAUCGGUGUUGCCUACGCUAGAGAAAUCGGAUACUGGUGUGCCAAAAUUGCACCAGAUCAGAGCAAUAUCGACAGAGCAGCUCAUACCAAUGCCAUUAUUGUCGCUGUCGCCUCCUUUUACUUUUUGGACUUUACGCUGAAUGCCGUACAAGCUAUUUGCCGUGCUUUGAUCUUGGAUAUACCGCCUCUUUGGCAGCAAGAUGUGGCAAAUGCGUGGAGUGCAAGAAUGAGCAACACAGCAAUGGUCAUUGGCUAUUUCGUUGGAUUCGUUGAUCUCGUAAAGUAUUUGCCCUGGUUGGGCGAUUCUCAAGUCAAGGUAUUUUGUCUGGUGUCCAUUGUGGUGUUUGUGAUGACACUGGCCAUUACCUGUUUUACCACACAGGAAAAGGUUGUCGAGAAGAAGGAGGACACAGAUCUCAACCAGCCUUGGUACAGUACCUUCUACUACAUUUGGAGAGCUUUCAGAUUCUUGCCAAAACCUAUCCAAACACUGUGCAAUACGCAAUUCUUUGCCUGGAUGGGUUGGUUCCCCUUCUUGUUCUACAGCACGCAAUGGGUCUCUGACAUCUACUUUGCCUCACACCCACCUACAACACCUGAUACACCACUUGAUUGGGCACAGGGUACUCGCGCAGGCUCAUUUGCCUUACUAUGCUACUCUGUCGUCUCGGUCAUUGCUGGACUGAUCAUUCCUGCUGUAGCCACAAAGUUCAACCAUGUCAAGCUAUUUUCCUUGCUCAACAUCUAUACCCUAUCUCACAUCACUGUCGCUGUUGCUUUGAUGUCGUCUCUGUUUGUAAAGACUGUAACUGCAGCUACCGUCGUUUUGGCCAUCAUGGGUAUUCCUUGGGCCAUUGUGCUCUGGAUCCCCUUCUCACUUGUGGGCGAAUUCGUCAGCUAUGAAGACGAAAAGAGACAGCAGUUGAUCACAUCCGCACCUUCCAGCAGCAAUCACGAAGAAGCAGAGCUUGUUCAGGACGAGUUUGAUGCCGGUAUGAUUUUGGGCGUGCACAACAUGUACAUUGUAUUCCCUCAAUUUGCAGUGGCCAUUGUGUCCUCCUUCAUUUUUGCAGCAGCCGAUGCAAUCAAGGAAGGCGAAGGCAAGAGCAUGUCCAGCGUCACACCCGUGCUUGUCUUUGGUGGUCUGAUGGCCUUUAUUGCUGCUGCCUUUAGUAGAUUUAUUGUACGAGUUACUACUUCUUCACCUUAA